UUUCAUUUGAUCGUCUUAUCUCGUCAUUGAAAUCUUCCAUCCCUGUCAUUGCCGAUGUGGACAACUUCCCAAUCUACUGCUUUUCAAAAAAAGUGAUAAUCUUUCGAGAAAAGUUCAAAAUUGGUGUUAACAACAAUGCAAAUAACUAAUUUUUAUUUCAUUAUCGUUAUUCAACUAGGAUGUAUGAAAAUCGGUCAAUCAGCUUCAUCCGAUCUCCAAGCAAUCAGUGAACAGUUUCGGAUUCUAUCGCGUGUCACCAAUGCAAUUUCCCUUCAAGCUGGAGCAAUUAGGAAGGAAAUCAAAGCUCGUGAUCUUCUAUCAGAACUUCUUCAUAUGCCCAGCGAUCAGUUGAACACGGUUAUGAACGUAAAUGUGGAGGCGGCAAGUUUGGAGUUAAAAAGGAUGCACCAAGAAUACACGAAGUUGAUUCAAUUAUCUAAAAAUGAUACACAAGCCUUGUCGGAUGAUGAUGUUAAGGCUAUGAUGGCCACUUUGAGCUUCAUAUUGUUUUUCUCACAGCAAUCGUCUAGCUUGUCAGCAUUAUCCAGUAUCUCAACAAAAAAGUUGUUGAGUGAAGCCGGAACUCUUAGUAGUUACAAAAUGUUUGCCACUAAAUGCGCAAAGUUAUCCUUGUUGGAAGAUUUCAUUGCUCUUUUUGACGACGACACAGGAGUGACCCCGGAUUCUGCAACGGUUGCUGAAAUUAUCAAUAAUUUUUAUAUGGAGGAACAGUUGAUGAACACAUGCAUUGAUAGCUUGAGAAGUUUGGGUUCCAAAAUAGAAAAAUUGUCCAAUUGGAAGGAUUUAGCAGUCUACCGACAAUUGCUAAAUGGGAAGAACAAUAUAAUUUGGUUUGAAACACACCGAGAAUCCCUGUCAUCGAUGAAUAGUACACUUUUGCAAGUUCUAUCUACUUUUCAAACAGCAAAACCGCUUUGGAAUAGCCCAAGCUCUCUCGGUCAGAAAAUGGUUUUUGAAGCAAUGGCUCAACUCAAUAAAUCAAUCGUGGAAGCAAAAUCUCAUAAUAUUUCGCCAGUCAAGCAAAAUUUGUUGUUCACUGCUGGCUUCAAAAACUCUGGAGAUUUUUCGAAGAUUGCUGGUGAUUUGAAUAGUAAUUGGUUCAAGAAGCAUGUUGCGAAGGGUUCAAGUACAAAUUCACUGAGUAAUGCUCUUGAAAUAUUUCAAACAAUUUCGGGAAAAAUGGUUGCUUUGGAUUCGUCGUGGAAAGAAUUAAUGCAUGUAACCAAAGGAUUUCAAAACUUACCCGUUGUAGAAAGAGUUAACAAUGCUGCAGAUGUCGCGACAAUCGGAUUGAAUUUCUCGAAACUGGAGAGAAUCAUUCAGGACUCGAGAAUACAUAUCAACAACUGCAUGAAAGAGACGCUGUUAGCAAGAUCAAAGCUAAAAUCAUUUGAUGCAAGCAUUGUAGAGUAUGAAAAGUAUAUGUUCCCAGCAGAGAAUAUUAUGAACAGACUUGCAAACAUCAAGGACAUUAUUGCAGAGCUGACCGUCGCCUUGAAUUUUAUGGUUUAUCCGAAUACACAGGCACGAGACCUGUUCAAAGAUGACUGUCACACACUUUAUUGGACUCUUAGCAAGCUUGACGUCAACACAUCCAAUGCGAUAACAGUGAAAAAUAUGCUGAUUAGGGAUUUCAAAAAGCUCACUCAUCAUUCAUACAGCUUCAUUGACACGAUGAAAAGCAUUGCAAAAAUCUCAUCGGAGCUCAAAAUUGUUGAAAAAACUUCUGCUGGUAUUUAUGACAGCGAUGGACCGAAUCUGGGUGACCUUGUAUCGGAACUCGAACUGGUGAAAACUUCACAAUGUUUCAGCCAUCAUUCUGAGACCAUACAAGAACUGAUGUUGAUAGUUCACAAGCUUUACAGUACACGAUACCCUCCUGAUCACGCAACUUCAUCAACAAUGCAUGAGUACCUGGAUCGCCUUGAAAAGGUGCAAAAUAAUCUAGCUCUUGUGGAAAAGGAAAUCAAAUCGAGCUCUUCUCAGAUAAAUGCUACUAACAAUCCAGUUCUUUUGUUGAAAACUCCUCAAGCUCUGAUUAAAAACAUUGGCACGAGCACCCGCGUACUGGAAGAUCUUGAGAAUGUACGACAGCACCGUCAGUUUCUUUUUUCGGUUCGAAACUUCACUGCUGAUGUGAAGAAAGUGAUUGUUGGAGAGAAUUUGAUAGAAUGGUUUGAUCCGGAAGAGAAAUUGAUAGAGUUGCUGGAAGAAGCUGAUCAAUUGAACGAGUUUGCUGGGAAAUUGAGAAACGGAAGUUUAACGGAGAUGUCACGCGUGUUUGACGAAGCGGCAAAAAUAAAAGGAAUCAAUGGGGACUCACAAUCAUUGAACACUUUGUCAAUUAAACUUCAAAAAUCAGUUGGCAUAGAUCAGCUGGCUGCCUCGAAAGUAUUCCAGAAGAUUCGAGAGUUCAACUUGGAUUUCGCAAAACAUGAAGCCGCUUUGAAGAGUGCAAGUGUCACAGUUAAUUCAUUGGUUGCAUAUUACGAUGAAAUAUUUGGAAAUUCUAAAUCCAAAAUCCUAACAAUUGAGAAACACAUCGAUAACUCAUUUCCUUGGAUCUAUAUUUUCUUGAUUUGCAUUGGAUCGAUGAUUUUAAUUGGAUUGCUUUGUGUUGUUGCAUAUGGAUUCACAAAAAACGGAAGAGCCAAGUACAUGAAUCUAUACUUAUACUAUUUCGGAAAGCCGCUGGAUUAUGAAAGAAGAUGGAGAUAUUCGUUGUUCCUUGACAAUCAGGGUGGAAAGAACACUCUGUUGGAUGCAGUUCGGGAGAUUAACAAGACACAUGUUGUGAAAGCUGUCAAGAUGGGAGCCUACAUAAAUGCAUUUAACAAGUUUGGAAACACAGCUUUGCAUGUUGCCACGAAAUCAGCUUUACCUGAAAUUGUUAAGAUUCUAAUCGAGCAUGGAGCAGAUCUAACAUUGCUCAACACAUUGAACAAAACACCAGAACAGAUGAUUCCUCUCGCUUCUCCAGACCAUUCAAAGGAUAUGGUUGAAAAGCUCGAGAAGAUCCGAAUGUUGUACAAAAAGGCGAAUGGGAAAAAAUACAGAAUGAGUGUUCCGCAAAAGUUUCCAGCAACUUCAUUUCAUAUUUGGAUGGACGAAAGAACUGACAACAAAAUCACCAACGAUUUUAUGGAGAAGUUUCAGGCUAUUACAUCCGAUGAAGCAGCCCCGAACACAACCCAUGUUAUUGUGAAGACGGAUGAGAAUGGCGUUCUGGAAACUGAUGAUCUUGACCUACUGUUCUGGGUGUUUAAUGGAGCAAUUAUAGUGAAGGAACAAUGGAUGAUAGAUUGUCUGAACGAGGAGAAGCUUAUUGAGCAAGAUUCAAAGUAUUUGGUCGAUAGUGUCAAAUACAAGGGAUCCACUUUCAAGACUGUUCUUCAGUGGAGUGAAGCUAUGGCAAAAGGAGCUAUUCCAUAUCUGUACGGGGUAUAUGCAGCAAUUGUCAUGACGGAAUGCAAGAAUUUGGUAACAUUGAAUACCCUUGUCGCAGCCCAUGGUGGAUUUAUGAUGAAAACCUUCCCAGGAAAGGAUGCCUUCAACGUUGGCUCACGUCCAUAUAAUCAUGCAAAUCUUGGACCACUGUUUUUGAUUCACGAUGGAACGAUCAACUUGAAAGCCUAUACUGCUGAUCCAGACAAGAUGUACACGCUGUUUACUGAAGAAGAGUUUAUCAAAUUCAUGCUCCAAAGAAAUAUUAUCAAAGAUACUCGUGAAACACCGAUUACUGUUUUGAAAGCUGAUAAAUAAAUACUUUUCUUGGAA